AUGAGUAAACAAAAAGGCAAAAGUUUUGGAAGUUAUUUAAAGAUUGCUUUAACAGCAGGAAGCGCUCCCUCAUAGGAAGAUUUAUUCUCAAUAUUAUUCUAUUUUAGAUAAAUCCUUGGUUUGAUCUGUGGUAUUGUAGCAGGUACUUUAGGUUUUACUGGCAUAUUCACAAUUGCUGGAUUUUUAGCUCUUAAUUGCUUAAUUACUUAUGUCUAUGCCUACAUAUAUUUAGGUGUUGAAGACCACAAAGUAGAGUAAAAUACUUUGUUUACUGAGUCAUUAAUGAUUUCUUUUAUGAAUUUCGUUGUUUCAUGGAUUUUCUCUUACACUAAUAUUUACCUCAAGGCUACUGUUCCUAUUCCAAUAAUUCCUACAUCUACUUAAGCAAACACUGACCUUUGA